AUGGGUGUGUCUCAAAAAUGGGUGUGUGUUAUUCUCCUUUCCUUGAGCACUGUUUUACAUUUGAGUACACUCACUCUUGGGAAUGAUGGUUGUGGAUUUGGUCGAAAGGGUUGUGGAGGUGGUCGCGGUGGCUGGGGAAGAAAAAAUGGUGGUGAAGGAGCUGGAGGAGGGGGUGGUGGAAGUGGAGCUGGGGGCGUUGUAGGUGCUGGCGGGGGAGGUGUAGGAGCUGGGGGAGGUGUAGGUGCUGGGGGCGCUGGCGGAGGUGUAGGUACUGGCGCUGGAGGUGUAGGUGCCGGGGGAGCUGGAGGAGGUGUAAGUGCUAGUGGGGGAGGUGUAGGUGCUGAGGGAGCUGGAGGAGGUGUAAGUGCUGGGGGCGUUGGGAAAGGUGUAGGCGCUGGAGGAGGUGUAAGUGCAGGCGGGGGAGGUGUAAGUUCUGGAGGUGCUGGGGGAGGUGUAGGAGCUGGGGGCGUUGGGGAAGGUGUAGGUGCUGGCGGGGGAGGAGGUGGUGCAAGUGGUCAAGGAGGUGGCAGCGGCAGCAUUGGGGGAGGCGUAGGUGGUGGUGCAGGAGUAGGUGGGGGAGGCGGUGGUGGAGGUGGUCAAGGAGGUGGCAUUGCGGGUGGUUCAGGUUAUGGUGAAGGAUUUGGAGCUGGUGGAGGUGUAGGUGGCAGUGCAGGAGGAGGUGUGGGUGUUGGUGGUGGCGGUGGCGGUGGAGGUGGUCAAGGCGGUGGUUCAGGUCAUGGGGGAGGAUUUGGAGCUGGGGGAGGUGUAGGUGGCGGUGCAGGAGGCAUUGGUGCUGGUUGGGGAGGAGGAGGCGGUCAAGGAGGCAGCGGCGGGGUCGGGGGUGGCUCAGGUCAUGGUGCAGGGUUUGGAGCUGGUGGAGGUGUAGGUGGCGGUGCAGGAGGCGUUGGCAUUGGUGGUGGAGGUGGAGGAGGUCAAGGAGGUGGCGGCGGGAUUGGGGGUGGUUCAGGUCAGGGUGGAGGAUUUGGAGCUGGUGGAGGUGUAGGUGGUGGUGCAGGAGGCGUUGGCGCUGGUGGGGGAGGAGGAGGCGGUCAAGGAGGCAGUGGCGGAAUUGGGGGUGGUUCAGGUCAAGGUGCAGGAUUUGGAGCUGGUGGAGGUUUAGGUAGCGGUGCAGGAGGAGGCGUGGGUGUCGGCGGUCAAGGAGGCGGCGGCAGCAUUGGCAUUGGUGGAGGAGUUGGAAUUGGCAUAGGAGUUGGAGUUGGCAUUGGAGCUGGUGGUGCUGGUGCAGGGCAUGGAUCCGGUAGUGGCUCCGGUACUGGUGAUGGCGGACAUUAAAGUCAUACAUGCGAUUGUUUAAUGACUCCUUCACGUAGUUGCAAGUGCUUUUGAAUUUGUACAAUACCUAAAAGAGUCCUGUAACCUGCGUAGCUUACAUUUCGGAAAGUUACUGUAACACACCGUUAGUCCCCAAGGAAAGGGUUUACAGGUUCGUCAGAUAUCAUGCUUAAUCAUUUUAAUGAAAAAUCACCUUGCUUAAUUUCCCUUCAGUUUCUCGAUCAGGUUCUCGAAAUCCGAUCUUCUAAUCGCAGUCCCUUACGUCCUUAAUUUUCUGCUGCGGAAUUACAUCAAAUAGCUAGCAUCAUCUAAAUUUGCCUCUAACCUUGGUCUUUCCGAGUGUCCAAUGAGAAAUGAAAUUAGAAAUGCACAUAUUGAUCUAUGAAUAAUAAAACACACCACUAAACUUCACAUCAUAUAAUCGCCGUCCCUCCUUUUUUAUUUUCCUACCCAGCUAAAGA